AUGGCUCAUCUGAUAUCAGCUUCAUUUGUUUUCAUUACAAUCAUUGUAGUUUCAACACAUGGCAAUCCAAAGUAUCAAAGAUUUUUUGUAAAUACGAAAGCUAUAAAUUUUGUGGAUGCAACAAAAAGCGGCUUCCGAAUUGUUUUAUUGGAUUCAUUCCUGGAUUCAUAUCUCACACCAAUUCAGAUUCCCACACUUUUCAUAACUGCAGUACCACUAAGAGCUGAGGAAUCUGCUGCUACAAAAAUAUUCUAUCCAGACAAUAUUCGGAAUGAUAAACAGGUGAGUGUAUCAGAUUUAAAAGAACGGCAAUGGUACUAUAUUUGCGUUGAAUGGGAAAAUUUUAAUAGACACAACGAAUCAACGGGUACUGAUUGUCGAACAUUGCGAACAUUGGAUCGAUUCGGGAAAAGCGCUGAAACGAGCGUUACUGAUGUAGAAAUCAUCGAUAUUUCAUCCACAACGAUGCAAUUCCGUAUCCGGUCAGUUGUCGAAUUUCCAGUGAGGUAA